CACUGUGUUUGUUGGCAGUUGCCAAGACCACUCGAGAGCUGGAGCUGGUGUGGUACGAGCACGACCCCGUCAAGAUGUACCGGGGCCUCCAGCUACCACAGUUCCAAGUGAAGAGCAUCAGAAUGGACACAUGUGCCCUGUCCUUCCAUAUUGGUAACUACAGUUGCCUGGAAGCUGUGUUUGAGCUGCAACGUAACUUAGGCUACCACCUGGUACAGUCCUACCUGCCCACCUCCCUGAUCGUGGUGGUGUCGUGGGUCAGCUUCUGGCUUGAUGUAGACGCUAUAGCUCCUCGCGUCACCCUGGGGGUCACAACCCUCCUCACCGUCUGCUCCGAGUCUUCUGCCUUCAGGGAUAAGAUACCUGCAGUGUCGUACGUAAAGGCGCUGGACAUCUGGAUGGCCUCGUGCACCGCCUUCGUGUUCCUGGCACUGUUGGAGUUCACAUUGGUCAACUAUCUGGGCAGACACAGACGCAGACUCCUCUGCUCCAUCCCCUCCCAAGCCAUCUACCCACACUAUACGCUCAGGCAUCACCACCAGCAUCACCAACAGUAUCACCACCAGCAUCACCACCAGCAGCACCACCAAAAUAACCACCAGCAUCGCCACAACAAAGCUACAGAACACAUGUGUUUUAAUGUUUUAAUUAAACCUUCAGCUUAAACAAGCACUUUAUCUUUUUGCUAAUAGGUAAAAGUAAAUGUCAGUGACAUGUGGCAUUAUUUGUUCAUAACCAACACCAUCUGUUCAGAA